UAUGAUAAUAUUAUUUACAAACAACCAUACAAUAAGAAAACGACGACAAAUCAAAUAAAAAUGUUUGAUAUUUCCAAUUGCAAUAAGUGAUGUUGAAGACUAAUUUACCAAUAAUUUCCCUUUUGCAACAUCUUCUAAUCUCACAUGUCAACUACGUUAUGGUGAUCUAAAUCUCUAAUUUUGCCUUCAAUUCAAGAGACACGGUCUCAAUGAAAGCAAUAGCUAUGGUUGUGAUUUUUCUAUUUGUCUUCUCUUCCUUAUUCACUAUAUCAAGUGCAGAAAUCUCAGGACAACCGGGAGUGAACUAUGGACAACUAGGAAACAACCUUCCAACACCAACAACCUCAGUGUCUCUCAUCAAAAACCUCAAAGCCAAGCGUGUCAAAAUCUAUGACGCAAAUCCACAAAUCCUCAAAGCCCUCGAAAACACUGGAAUCCAAGUAUCCAUCAUGCUCCCCAAUGAACUUGUAACAAAUGUAUCCUCAAACCAAACACUUGCAAAUCAAUGGGUCCAAACUAACCUCGUACCCUUCUACUCAAAAACACUCAUUCGUUAUCUUCUUGUUGGUAAUGAACUCAUUUCCUCAACAACAAACCAAACAUGGCCCCACAUUGUACCUGCCAUGUACAGAAUGAAACACUCCUUAACUAUCUUUGGUUUGCAUAAAGUCAAAGUUGGAACACCUUUGGCAAUGGAUGUUUUACAAACAUCAUUUCCACCUUCAAAUGGCACAUUUAGAAAUGACAUUGCGUUGAGUGUUAUGAAACCAAUGUUAGAGUUUUUACAUGUCACAAACUCUUUUUUCUUCUUAGAUGUGUAUCCAUUUUUUGCUUGGACAUCAGAUCCUAUUAAUAUUAACUUGGAUUAUGCUCUUUUUGAAUCCGAUAACAUCACGGUUACGGAUUCGGGUACGGGUUUGGUUUAUACUAAUUUGUUUGAUCAGAUGGUGGAUGCGGUUUAUUUUGCAAUGGAGCGGCUUGGCUAUCCGGAUAUUCAAAUAUUUAUCGCUGAAACCGGUUGGCCUAAUGAUGGUGACUUGGACCAAAUUGGUGCAAAUAUUCACAAUGCCGGUACAUAUAAUAGAAAUUUCGUGAAAAAGGUUACGAAAAAACCUCCGGUUGGGACACCGGCUCGACCUGGUUCAAUUCUUCCAUCUUUUAUAUUUGCUUUGUAUAAUGAGAAUUUGAAAACGGGUUUGGGUACGGAGCGUCACUUCGGGUUAUUGUAUCCAAAUGGGUCACGUAUUUAUGAGAUUGACCUUUCUGGAAAGACGCCAGAGUACGAAUAUAAGCCAUUGCCGCCACCAGAUGAUUAUAAAGGGAAGGCGUGGUGUGUGGUGGCAGAGGGAGCUAACAAGACGGCAGUAGUGGAAGCAUUGUCAUAUGCUUGCUCACAGGGGAACCGAACAUGUGAAUUGGUUCAACCCGGAAAACCCUGUUUCGAACCCGAUUCAGUUGUUGGUCAUGCUAGCUAUGCGUUUAGUUCUUACUGGGCUCAGUUUAGGCGUGUAGGUGGGACUUGUAACUUCAAUGGUCUCGCCACUCAAAUUGCAGAGGAUCCAAGUUAUGGAUCUUGCAAAUACCCAAGUGUGAUUCUUUGAUGAAGCCAACUCCAAUCAGAUGAAAUCAGCCAAUGGAGUCUUAUAUAUUGUUGUAUUUUUUAUAAAUUUAUUGCUUUUCUUACCGUGAAUAACAAGAAUAAUUGUCGUAUAGGCUAACAUUAUAUACAACAAGAGUAUUAGCUGA